AUACGAAGGUAAAUAAAAAGGCAGAUAUUGCUAUCGCAACGUUACUAUCGCACACUGGUCGGCGGAGAUCAUACACAAUAAACAGCGAAAUGGCGUUCUUGGGCAAGGAAUUCAAAUUCGUGAAGGAUGAGAAUUUUGAUGGCUUCCUCAAAUCAGUUGGUCUUGGCGCCGAAGAGGUCGCAAAGCUGUCUCAAUACAGGCCAUCCACUAAACUGGAGAAGGAUGGAGACUCGUACACCUUUACUAGCACCUCUCCAGCAAGGACUAAAGUAGUGAAGUUCAAGCCUGGAGUCGAACAGGACGAUGAAAUCAAAGAGGGACUGGUUGUUAAGUCUACAUACACAGUGGACGGUAACGUGGUGACACAGGUCAUCAAGCAUGAAGACAAAGUAACCACUUUCAAGCGAGAAUACAACGGUGACUCACUUAAAGUUACUAUCACGAGCAACUUCUGGGACGGCGUGUGCAACAGAUACUACUCAGCCUAGUUUUAAUUACUCUAGUCAUAAAAUCUAAUUUGUAAACGAAAUAUUCUAAAUAUAUUUUUAUAAGUAAGAUUUUUAAAAA